GGUCUUCUUAAGGCUAUAAAUGAGGUGUUCCCUGAUUCCCCUCAGAGAUACUGCCUCAGGCACAUAUAUGCAAAUUUUCAGUCAGCUGGUUUCAGAGGAGCAGAACUAAAGAAGCUAGUAGAUCAGGCUAGCUACUCAUUCACCAAACAUGGCCAUGAAUUAGCAAUGGCAGAGCUUAAAGCAGAGUGUGAGGAUGCCUGGAAGUGGCUUAAAAAAAUUCCAAAGGAGACUUGGUGUAGGUCUGCAAUGGAUUACAAUUGCAAAACUGAUCUUGUUGUGAACAACCUUAGUGAGGUUUUCAACAAAAUGAUCCUUGAUGUUAGGGCCAAACCAAUUAGGACUAUGUUUGAAGGAAUUAGGACUAAGCAGAUGAUCAAAAGGCAGAAGACUAGGGAAAAAACAGAGAACAGCAGGUGGAUGAUCACACCCAACUAUUCAGAGAAACUAGAGGAGAAUAAGAAAUAUGCCAAAUUUUGUGAGGCACAUAGGGCUGGUCCUGACAUCUGGCAAGUGUCUAGUGCUGAAAAUCAGUAUUGUGUGAACAUAGCUACUAAAUCAUGUGACUGCAGGAGGUGGGACAUGACAGGUGUGACAUGCAGUCAUGCAAUAGCAGCAAUGAGCAAACUUCACAUGCACCCAGAGGACUAUGUGCAUGAAUUUUUCAAAAAACCACUAUAUAUUGAAGCAUACAAAGACAUAGUGUACCCUGUCCCUGGUCCUGAAUUCUGGCCUGACACCCAUACUCAGGAUAUUGAGCCCCCAGUGUUCAAAGAAAAAGCAGGCAAGAAACAGACAGCUAGGAGAAAGGGCCAGUUUGAGGUGCCUGCACCAAAGGACACAAGCAGGAUGGGAACAAUUACAUGCAGCAAUUGUGGUCUACAAGGCCACAGAUAUACAAACUGUGGGAAAGCUCUAAAACCUAGUCUUGAGAUGAGAAAGAACUUACACCAG